AUGCCUGCACUUCGCCAACGUGCUCGCCAUUCAGCAUGGCUUAGAGCCAAUGCCAACGCUCAAGGAUUGUACUCAAGGGCAAUGAAUCCUCCGGCCUCCUCCUCGCAAGGACAAUCUGACUCAAACUCUCAAGGCGUACCCAAACUCACAAUCCAGUGGGAAAGAGAUCAUGCUCUCAUUACAAUCCUCAUCAAUCAUCUGACUACUCACCCGCCUGAUUGUCACAUCCUGUUCUAUUCCGAUGGGAAGAAAGCAAUGCCUUCUGUUGAUGAUGCCCCCUCAGGCAAGGACAAGAACGAAAUACAUGGUUUUAUUGCCAAGCUCAUCUUUGCGACCCACACCAAAUACAAGGCCACAUACCAUCAAGAUCCGAAGAAGUUCUGCAUGUCAGUCACAAACCACAUCACAUCUCUCAGAAAUAAAUAUAGAAAAUGCAAGGAUGAAGUCACCGCCAAACUGCCAUGGUAUACUGAUCUCGAUAGCAUCUGGCACUCAAUCCCGUCGUUUGCAACUAAAUCACAUUCGUCCAGGCCAGGGGUUGAUCACGCAGGUGAUUUGUAUGCGCUUGUGCAACCGCAUGGCAGCCCUGGCAGAGCUGGUCCCUCAACAAAUUUUGAUGGUGCCACUCAGGCUGGUGCUCCGCCGCAGCUCCCUCCAUAUGCUCAGCCAUCCCACAGCACAUUCUCCCCCCAACUGCAGCCCCCCCAUCAGCCAUCCCAUAGCGCAUUCACCCUCCAACCUGAACGCCCCAACUUCACUCAGCCCCCCAACCUUAUACUCCCUCCCAAUGCUGUUCCUGGCGGUGGCGAUACCCACAACUUGAACGAUCCUCUGAUUGAUCUGCAUCUUCUGCAUGCCGCUCCUCCCCCCCCUGAUAACAACAUCAAUAAUGACGCAGACAUGGACCAUUACAUGCACGAUCCUGAUGACGACACUGACAACCUAUAUCUCAGUGGUCCUUUGUCCACCCCCCUUGGGGAUGUGCUGCGCCACUUGGAGGAUGACUCCAUGACCCUUGACAGUCCUGCUAGAGCUGCCGGGAACAAGCGUCAACGAGCAUCACCUUCUCCUCCUCCCGACCCUCCUAACCCUCUUGCUGAGCCGUGCAGCAUUUGGAGCACAGUGACCCUCCAGUCAUGGGGGGUGGCACAGAAAAACACCAUCUAUCGUGUCAUCAGUCCCACUCCUCAGACAUCAUUGCCGACCAGUGUGGGAGGCUCAAAGAAGAAGAAAGCCAAGUUGGAUAUUCAGGAACGGGUUGACAAGGUAACUGACGAGAUCAAGAGUAUCCAGUCUGAUGCUGUGUCACACCACGACUCCAAGCACCAACGCUUCCUUGCAAACUUGACGCAAAGUCCGACCAUCAUCGUGAUGCAAGGAAAUACGAGUGGCUUCGUGACACAUGAGAGUAAGGAUGCCGAAAUCCAUCUUCAUGAGACGGAUAUUCGAGUGCAUGAGGCACAUUCCUUAGUCCUCGACAAGGAAGCAGAAAACUUACGCCUCAAGAUCCAGUUCCACCAUCUGAUGCAGGGUAGCAAACCUCCCGCCUCAGAUGGGGACUGA